AUGAGUACCUUCAAGUGCCCUAACUGUUUGAUGAAUACGUCCCGUCAGGGAUCGUCAAUAUCGUGUGAUGGUUGUAAUAAGGAUGUACACCUCACUUGUGUAGGUCUCAGUGCUGAUGAGGUAAGGGUUACUCGUAAUAUACAUGCACCGUUGCGUACAGCGAGGGUAUGCAAGCCCUUUGCUCACUGGUUAACGCAAAACUUAAGAGCUAUUUUCAAGCAGAGGGAUGCAGCUUUAAUAAAAUACAAACACAAUAGGACAAAUCAGAACUGGACAGAAUACACAGAACUGAGAAAUUAUGCUCUUGCAUCAAAGCGUAGAGAAAAGGCUGGUUAUCUUCAGCACAUACAAGAAACUAAUAAUUCAUCCUCUUUAUAUAAGGGUAUAAGGAAUUUGAACAUGCAGGCUAAGAAGCGUAACCACAUACCUGUUAGUUUACGUAACGCAACGCAGAUAAUGAUAAAGUAUGCAAGACCGUAUUUGGGACCUUUGAAAAAUGUCAGCCACAUAAAAAAAUGGUUUCGAGCACCUAAAAAUGGUGCAAGGUCUUUGAAAUUCAGGAUACCUGUAUGCAUGAAUGAUAAGGGCGUUGUCAAGACAACAUUCAGGCUUGCGGACUCAUAG